AUGGGUCUAUGUUUCUCGUUCCCACGACGUCAACGAUUUCCAGCCAUGGGCAUGGGUGGUAUGGGGAUGAAUGGAAUGGGGAUGGGUGGAAUGGGCCCUCCACGUCGAUAUCAUCAUGGUGGAAUGGGCGGAAUGGGCGGAAUGGGCGGCCAUGGUUCCGGAUGGGGAGGUCCCCCAUAUGGGGGCGGCUACGGAGGUUACGGAGGCCACGGGGGAUAUGGCGGUCGGCGACAUGCAGGCGGCUACGGUGGAGGCUUUGGGGGUGGAGGACGCUACGGUGGCCGGCGCUGCUGA